AUGCCCAGUACUUUUGAGGAUCAUUGGAUCAACGAGCAAGUGGCGUCUGCCGAAGUCUCUCAGCUUGAGGACUGUGCCAUUGCGGUUGAUGCCUCCUACUACUUGCAACUGUUCCUCGACAACGUUCCUUAUCACGAACCACUUCUCCCUGCCCUCGGCGGCUUAACCGGUAUUCAAUCACACAUCGAACAUGAUCUUGACAGCUGGAAAUCCAACAAAACCAUCCCUUUUUUCAUCUUCAACGGCCAGUCCAUUGAAGGCGAAGAUGACGUUUCCGUCCAGAGAGGAAAGAGAGCGAUUGCAGGCACUGACGAGGCCUGGGGUCUCUAUUUCCAAAGCCAGGCUAAUGAAGCCGUGACUGCCUUUGGUUCCCAUCGAGGAGCUUACCUUGUCCACAACUUAUUUCCGUUGCUACAAGGUAUUCUCAAUAGUCGUGGGCUCCACUUCUUAGUCCCCCCUUUUAACGCCUCCGCGCAAUUGGCCUACUUUGACAUGAUCGACUCAGAGCAGUGUUCAGCUAUCAUGGGCUCUCAGGAAUUGUUACUCUAUCCAAUCAAGGAUCACGUUAUUCGAUUCAUCGAUUGGGAUGCUGGCACAUUCACUGCCAUCUCCAAGAAAGCCAUCAUUAGAACUCUGGGCGUAACCGAAGCUCUAUUUAUCGACGCACUGCUGAUGGCGGGAACAACUUUUCUCCCUACGUUCCCCCCGUUGAAAGAGCCCCAAAUCACUGCUCGCCAGCCACCAUCCGUACAGGACGCUGUUAACAUGCUGCGGACCUCGGAAAAGUCAGUCGCGAAUGCGUGCAACUCAUUCAAUGAUAUUCUGAGUAAGAGCAGAGAUUCGAACUGGUUACAGAAGUACCGCAAGGCCAGAAUGAGCAUCGAUCACUUCAUCUAUAUUGAAGAAUCUGGAGAAAUCAAGGUCCAUAACUUCGAUACGCUGACUCGAGACAACUGGGAAUAUCUCGGUUAUCAGUUACCAGCCGAAUUGUUUCACUACCUGAACACGGGUCUUAUCGGAGCACGUAUGCUUAGCUGGAUUUCUCAUGGCCAGAUCGUCAUCCAUCCAACUCUAGACGGGGUUAAAUCGGAAGAAUAUAAACAUCUAGUGACGGGCCAGCUAAUGCCUUUGAGAGAGGCAGCUCUCAGUCUUCUCCUUCCUCGGCUACAUAGAGGUAUACAGUAUAAGCCGAUUACGGUAAAGGUCUGGUAUGAUGACAAGUAUUCCCACAAGAUCGAGUACCGUCCCCAAGAAAACCAGGCGUUGAACAGAGCGCACACUUGGAACCUUAGUAGCGCUGUUACAAAGAAGUACUACCCCGAUGCCAAGCAUGGUUCUAUCCUCUUUGAAGUAGCAGCACUGAAGAAUCCCGAUUUCGUCAAGAGUACUAUUACCAAGGACAAGGUCAAGGGCAUCUCCUCUUCUGGUUUGAUAUCGUCGAUCACGCUCUGGCGCUUCCUCCAUCUGCGUGGCUACGUAGACGAUUCUCACCAGCUUACAUCCUGGGGCCAAGCCUUAGCAGCAUCUCUCGAGGCACUCAAGGCCACUGUUGAGAAGCAUAGCCAGGUUCCUGGCUUAUACGAAGCGAUUCUUUUAGCUUAUGAACUUCUCAGAUUUAACUUACUUAAUACCCGGAACCAGCAUCCAGAACUAAACGGUUUGCCGAUGAACGGAACAGAUGAUGACAAGGCAAGCCUAUUACUAAUCAGCCGUUGCGCAAUCUUGUUGAAACUGCGUCACCAAGCAAACGGCUAUACUGGCCCGCUCAGCAAGAAUUUCUUGUGUUUCCGGUCGUUGAGUUCAUCUAUUCGAGAGACCGAUAGAGAUCUUAUCGAAGCGAUUGUGGCGUCUAUGCUACUAUUUGCGCAGACGGAACGAGAACGUGACGACUAUUUGGAGAUUGGUCAAAGACUACCCUUUUUGAACGAUACGGAUGUUGCUCUUGGUAUAGCUGUUAAGACACUGCUUGACGAUAUUCAUCCCAAUGAAACCCCUGAACAGAAGGCAGUGAAGAAGCAAGAGUUCCCUGGUACAUUCGUCCCAUAUGCGACUCACUUCUUCGAAGAUCUGGAGAUAGCUUUCAACUUCUUCGAUGCCAUCCACGCAGGUAUCAAGACGCUCAAGAGUGAAGUCUCUGCCGCUGACCGAGGCGCGUGGGAUAAAGCUGCCGUGUAUCUUCAGCUACGACGAUAA